AUGCGUCCCCUGCAGCGUCCCCAGCCAUCUCGCCUUCGGCCGAUGCCGGCAUCCAGCUUCCGUGUUCCGGUCCCUGUGACGUUGGAACAUGCGUCGCCGGACCCCGCGGCAAAUUUGAAAAUUUUUAAAAAUGACAUUUUUUUUAAAAUGAUUAUUACAUACAUUUCACAUACAUUUUUCCCUACUGCUUUGUCCUGUGCCCUGCCUGCAUUUUGAAUGUUCUUUCUGCCUGGAAACUUAGAAAAGUCCACGGCAUCCAAAAAGCAUCCCUUUAUGUCAAAAUCGGUUUUAGACCGGCUAGAGAACAGCGAUAGUAAAUCAGAACCACUUGCAGAAUUGA